AUGCCGGCACCCCCUCUGAUUUUCCGUACUGAAGGGAGAAUCGAGUGUGUCUCUUAUGAUGUGCAACACUUGUUUCAAGUUGCUUACGACUUUCUGACAUUGUUGUUCCCUUGGUGUAACACACUACUCGCAAGCGUCCUUAAAGUUCCUCGACAACCCACGAACGGUUUUGCCCUUCUUGGGGCUCAUCAGGUAGGCGCAGUCUCUGAGAUUUCGUCAACUUUAUGUUCUAAUUGGACCCCAUUUGGACAGAUUUUGUCAAACACUCUUAUUUGCACACACAACACCCCCUCAACAUGCAGCGCGUCACAGCCUUGUAUCAAACCCAGACAGCGCGAGUCAGCGUUGAUCAAGGUCAUACAACGCCCCCGCAAUUUGCAGCACGUCACAACCUCGUACCAGAUCGUUUGCGUCAGCAUUGGACUAGGUUCAGAUGGUGUCCUUUCAAUAAAUAGCUUGAGACCGUUGUAUUCUCGCUCUCAGCUCAUCAGCAGUACAUAUCCAAUGGCCGUACCGGGAUUUGAACCCCAGACAUCUGACAUAGCGAAACUUGAGUCCAGUGCUUCCCUUUGGUGUGGACUCACCGGAAUAAUUACCCCAGAACAGCAGCACGACCGUUCAAACGAGAGUGGUGUGGCUAUGAACAAACAUACCUAUCCCGCAAAACCGCAAAAUUGCAAUCAGACUUCAGUUGCUUUUUCUUCCAUUUUUUGGUUCUACUUCAGCCAGUCCACAAAAGUCUAA